AUGUCUCAAAAAAUCGAUCUUACACAAUUGAACCCUGAACAACUAAACGCUGUCAAGCAACAAUUUGACCAAGAACUGAACCAUUUCACCCAAUCUUUACAAGCAUUGAUAGUCGCUAAAAAUAAAUUCUCUGAAUGUGUAUCAGAUAUUAAAACCGUUUCGGAAGAGGCAAACAAGAACCAAACUUUAUUAAUACCUGCAUCAGCAUCUUUGUAUAUCCCUGGCCACAUAAAAGACAAUACUAAGUUUAUGGUAGAUAUAGGGACAGGUUAUUAUGUCGAAAAAGAUGCCAAGGACGCCAUUACAUUUUACGAAAAGAAGAUAGAAAAAUUGAAUAACGAAUCUACUCAAAUACAAAAUAUUAUAAAGGAUAAAUCGCAAUCAUCAUUAGCUAUUGAGUCUCAAAUAAGACAACUAGCAGUGAGACAGCAUGAAGCAGCCAAACAGGAAGCUGUUGCUGCUGCCAAAUGA